AUGCAAACAGAUGAAAAUACUACAAUGCCUUUGGCACGGAUAGCCCGCGCAUACUACCAGCUUGCGACGAAAACGAGUCGAUAUUUGUUCAGUGACUCGAGGCAGAGGAUCGUCGCCUAUAUCAUUAUCUUUCUUUGUUUCCUCACUCCCUCCUCCACGUCGUUUGUUCUUUAUCAAGGAACAACCGCAAAAAUUGAAUAUAAAGAUGUAAAUAUGCUGAAAGAAAUGAGAAUAGAAGAUAGGAAAGUGAUAUUCGAAUUUUGCAAUUUGGUUGUCAAAUUUCCACAAUUGCUUGUCAAAAAGAUGACACACGAGCAAGUGAGGAAAUCCAAGCCAAUUUGCGAGCAACUUUUAAUGGGUAUUGCAAAAGUGCGAGAGCAAGAAGCACGUGCUCAUCGGGCUCAUACUAGAGUAUUAUCAUAG